UGUCUUAUGCAAUUUACCUGCGCGGUUUUUGGUAAAUAUGGUAAUUUAAUUCUAGUAAAGCUUGUUACAUUCGCUGCGACAAAAGGACGAAAGACUGCUACCAGUGCUCUAAGUCACGCCAAAGCUUGCGUCGCCGUUUGUCAUCCCCUGCCGCGCCAGGUGUGAAAUUAUGUUGCCCGAAGGGAACGACGAGGUGCAACAAUCGUGAUGGGAGUCGUGACAGCCGCCCGGGCGAUCACCGUCCUGCUCUCGGUCGUGUUUCUCCCAGGAGCUUGGAGCUUUCGCGACAUCACGGUUGAUGUAUUCGGCAGCGCCCAACCGAGCGUUCUCGGCGCCUUCGGCGACUUCAACUCGGACAAGCUCACCGAUCUCUUCCUCGCGUCGAGCGAUUCUCACAAGCUGGAGAUAUGGGUCGCCACGGGCGUGAAGCCGUCGUUCGAGAAGUCCGAGGUGCAGUGCACCGUUCCUGGCGUCAUCACAAGCAUCAUGCCGGGCGACUUUGACGGUGACUCCAUCAUGGACGUGCUCGUAACGUCCAAGGACAGCGGCGACAAGUCCGACGUCGUCGACGUUCGAAUCUUCUGGGGUCGCUUGCGAAUGGGCGUGGACUGCGCGAACAGCACGCACGUAGCGGGCCUAGGUUGGCAGCCGCUGCUGUUGGACUACAACGGGGACCGGGUCGUCGACCUGCUGUCCGCCCGCGCGGAAGACCCCAACACGAGGACCGUGUGGACGUUCGGUCCGAGCAGGACUCCGACGCCCGUGGCGCUCGGUGUGGGUGCGAGCGCGCUCGCGAAGCCGCACUCGAAUUCAUUCGUGGACUUGAACGACGACAUGACCGCCGAUCUCAUGCUGACCGCCCAUUCCUCCAUGGAGGUCUGGUACUGGGUCGGCAACGGUUCGUUUAGCGGUCCGCACAGGCGCGACUACCCGCCUGACGCCGCGGUGAAAGGUCAGUCCCUCUUCGUCGACGUCGACGCGGACGGUGACAUGGAACACGUCAUGCCCGUCUGCCUCGGAAGCCCCGACUGCAAGCACUCGGCGAUCAUGGUGCUCAACGGUAGCCACUGGGUCACUUGGUUCGAGUCGUUUCAAGACGGCGCCAACUACACUUGGAAAUUCCACGUUGAUGAGGGCCAACCGCCCGAUGUCGCGAUGCCGGUCGCCUUGCGUACGGGGGACGUUGACAUGGACGGUUAUCCCGACUUCUUAGCGAUAUUGGAAGGCAAGCCGCAGGGCCAGAAGAAGGUAGUCACUCGGGCCACACUCCUGCUCAACGUCCGCUGCUCGAGCUGCCCGUUUGGGCGUAACUUGGUCCCUUACUGGAAUUACGGGGCCCUCGCGAACUUUGACUCCGCCAAGCUGGCCGCGUUCUUCGACAUCGACGAAGACGGGCACAUGGACAUCCUGCUGACGAACGGUACCCGGCAGAAUGGAUUUCACACGUUCGCACUUCGCAACCAGUUUAGCGACGAUGCGUGCUUCAUCAAGGUUUUGGCUCUGAGUGGCCUCUGCUACACCGACUGUCCGCAGGGUCACCUGGCCUACGGCACGAAUCAACCGGGACCUCUGGUGCGGUACCGGAUCAUAACGUCCAGUGGCUACCCGCAGGAAAGCUGCAGCAGCCAGCUCUACCAGUCGGCACACUACGCACUGCAGCUGCCUUAUUCAGUUUUUGGGCUUGGCCAGUCGCCAAACUUUGUGGACGUGCUGACUGUCGCCUUAGCUAACAACGAGAGCUCCGAGCACCCCAGUGUGCACCACCAGUGGACCCAAAUCAUCCCAAACUCGCAGAUGGUGGUCAUCCCAUACCCGGCAAAUGACCCAUCACGCUGGGUCAACAAGCUUUUCGUCACUCCUGGACGACAGGUGCUGCUGACAUUCAUUGCUCUGGCUGGAACAUGCGUCUUUAUUGUGCUGAUCAUCGGAGCCCUGCACUGGCUGGAGAAACGAGAGGAUCGUCGUAUGAAGCUCCAAGAGGCACAUCAAUUCCACUUUGAUGCCAUGUAGUGCGAUAUUUAACAUGUUGUCAUGCCGAGUGUUCUCACUGUAAGCAAACCUGUGGUGUUCAGCAAUAAGACUGCCUUACCUGGUCGCCAUUCCGUGCAGCAGUGAAGAAGCGUUUGUGAUGUAGCUUUGAAGACUGUUCGGUGAAUGUUACAAGGCCCUACAGGGCGGGGCCGUAAACCUUGGAAGUCCCAUGCUUUGCUGGGAUUAAAGGUGUGUGCCUUCCAAUAGGAAGCCCCAUUCUUCAAGCUUCAUGAAGCGGUUGAACUUUAGUGGAGGGAUAUUGUGGACUCUGCCCUUCCGGGGCUAAUUAUGAAAUCUAUUCAUGUGGUAAACGUCAGGUGCUCCAACAAUUGACAGGCCUUGGUUAUAGCUACUAUUAGCGUACUUUCUUGCAUCACCACGAGUGUAGGACUAUCACGUUGAGCUUUCUGGUGCAGCUGCAUUUAAUGAAUUUGACCGUGCUUGACUGGCAGUUGGUCUACAUAAAUUUUCACGCAAUUGAAAUCUUGCUACGAUUUUCCUUCCCAUUACACUUUUUACCCAGAGUUAAUUGCUUUAUGCAAUGUGGGUUUCGAGAUGUCCAGCAUUUCUUGUCACUUUGUGAAGUUGAAAUGAUGCGCCAAGUGAAGAAUAUGUAUGCGGCUGAGUGAGAAUUAUGUUAAGCAGCCUGGUGUAAAACCAAAGUGUAUUGUUUUUCUCAUUUCUUUGCUCUGGCAUUCUCUUUAAACAAGUCUUUGCAUUGCUGAUGCUUCAUCUUCAAGUGAUUAUUCUUUUUAGGAAUCUCUACAUAUGUGAAGUCCAGAAGAGGCCCAUCAUCCCACUGCUCUUAUGCUCAGCAUAUUUGCUUUUUCGCCUCUUAAGUGUGUUUUGUUUGGAAGAACAUGAUUUGGUGCAGAGCAAACCCUCUGAAUCAUGUAUAUCUGCAGGUAACAUGAAUGUGGUGGGAACCUAUUUCAAUACGAUUGUCAAAAGCAGGUGAUUAUGUGCCUUCGUAGGCAGUGCUUAAAUGCAAUGAAAGUUUGAGGCUUACUUUCAUAUUUAUUGCAUUAAAAACUUGUGUUACUUCGUUCCUAGUCAAACUUUUCACGGAAGCUUACUGUUGGAUAAAUGUAUUGAAACAGCUAAUGGUGAUCUAUUUUUCUUGCCUUGUUGGUUAUAAAAGCAUGUUGUUUGCCCCCCAA